AUGGCGGCAGAGGACAAUGCUAAGCGGAUAGAAGAGGCGAAGAAGCUGGCCAAGGACCAGCCCAACAAGGCCGAGCAGAUCUACAAGGACGUGCUAUCAAAGCCACCGGGCUCCAACGACAAGGCAGUGCGGGAGUUCGAGAAUGCUCUGAUGGGACUUGGGGAGCUAUACCGGGAUCAAAAGCGAACACAAGACCUUGCCGACCUCAUCCAACAAACAAGAGAUGUCUUGACUUCGUUCGCAAGAGCGAAGACCGCGAAGCUCGGUAUGUCAAUUCGUGGUGACGAAUGUGAUUUCUAUGCUGACUUGUGACAGUGCGCCAGUUGCUCGACCUCUUCACCACCAUCCCAAACACCAUCGAGACCCAGAUCAGCGUCACCAAAUCCUGUAUCGAUUGGGCGGUCUCUCAGCGGCAAGGCUUCCUCCGCCAGAACCUCGAGGUUCGAUUAGUUGGUCUGCACAUGCAGACACAAUCGUACUACGAUGCCCUCACACUCAUCAACAGCUUGCUGAAGGAGCUGAAGCGUUUGGAUGACAAGCUGGUUCUGGUGGAAGUGCAGCUGUUGGAGAGCAGAGUCUACCACGCGCUGGGCAACGUACCCAAGGGAAGAGCAGCGUUGACAGCCGCAAGAACGAGCGCAGCAUCAGUAUACACACCUCCACUCUUGCAAGCUGGCCUGGACAUGCAAUCAGGACAGCUCCACGCCGAGGAUGGCGACUUCAACACGGCAUUCUCCUACUUCAUCGAAGCCAUGGAGGGAUACCACGGCCUGGACGAGUCUACCAAGGCUACAUCCGCACUCCAGUACAUGCUGUUGUGCAAGAUCAUGCUCAACCUCAAGGACGACGUCGACUCGCUGAUGACCUCGAAGCACGCCAUCCGGUAUCAAGGCAAGAACUUGGACGCCAUGAAAGCCGUCGCCCGCGCACACAACAACCGAAGUCUGGAAGAGUACGAGCAGGCACUGCAUGCUUACCGAUACGAGCUUGGAAGCGACCGAUUCAUUGCAUCUCACCUUCGUCGACUCUACGACAGCAUGCUGGAACAGAACCUCAUCAAAGUCAUCGAGCCUUUCUCGCGCGUCGAAAUCAGCCACAUCGCCCAAAUGGUCGGCCUUGAUGUCGGCCAGGUGGAGCGUAAGCUGAGCCAGAUGAUCUUGGACCGGGUCAUCAUUGGUGUUCUGGACCAAGGCCGCGGUGUGUUGGAGGUAUUUGAGGAGACGGAGCGAGACAAAGGCUACGAUGCGGCACUCGACACGAUCGAUAAGCUGGGCAGCGUUGUGGAUGUGCUCUACGCCAACCAAGCAAGUCUGCUGGAGUAA